CCAGACCAACCACAUGGUCCAGCAAUACACACACACUCACACAGACACACACACACAGGUAUUUACUGAAACUCUAUACUGCUCAGUCCUGCUUUACUCUAGUACUGAAGUCAGAUGGUACACGGCCAGAUAUGACUGAAAGCUUUUAUUAGUGCUGACUGAUCCCGAGACUGGAUUACCUGACAACUGUUUUUUUGAGCUAGUUGAAUUAAUCUGCUGGAGAAAACACCAUGCCAGGAUCUGUGAAGCUACGCAGCAUCAGGACGUUCGGACACGAGAACGGCUCUUUUGAGAUAUCAGAUGAAGAGCCAAAUGCAGAUUAUAUGACAGUCACAUCCUCUAAGAAGGACAAGAAAUCUAUGGCCGGCAAAAAGAAGGAGGAACAGACAAUCCGCAUCGGGUUCUUUCAGCUGUUCCGGUUUGCUACAUGUCGAGAAGUGUGUAUGAUGGUCUGUGGCAGUGUGUGUGCAGUGCUGCACGGUUCAGCUCAGCCGUUGAUGCUGCUUGUGUUUGGGUUGCUGACGGACACGUUCAUCGAAUAUGACAUUGAGCUGAAUGAGCUCACGGACCCAGAGAAACGCUGCAUCAACAACACCAUCCAAUGGAGGAACCUCUCUGCUGAGGAAAACCUGGAGCUCAACAUGACCAGAACCUGCGGGUUAUUGGAUAUAGAAUAUGAGAUGACCAAUUUUGCAUAUUACUACGUGGGCAUUGGAAGUGGUGUCUUCAUCUUAGGAUAUUUACAAAUCUCCCUGUGGGUGACGUCAGCUGCUCGACAAAUCCAGAUAAUCCGCAGGCUGUACUUUGGCAAGGUGAUGAGGAUGGAGAUCGGUUGGUUUGACUGUAACUCUGUUGGAGAACUGAAUACACGCAUGUCUGAUGACAUCAACAAGAUAAAUGAUGCCAUAGCAGACCAAGUAAGCAUCUUCAUUCAGCGCUUCACCACUUUCGUCUGUGGAUUCCUCAUGGGCUUCGUGAGGGGCUGGAAGCUGACACUGGUCAUCAUCUCUGUAUCUCCACUUAUUGGAGUAGGAGCUGCUCUCAUGGCUUUGUUUGUGGCUAAGCUGACGGGACGAGAACUGCAAGCGUACGCCAAAGCGGGAGCAGUUGCAGAUGAGGUCCUGUCUUCUAUCCGAACUGUGGCAGCCUUCGGAGGAGAGAAGAAAGAAGUGGAGAGGUAUGACCAUAAUCUGAUCUCAGCUCAGCGCUGGGGCAUUAGGAAAGGCCUGAUCAUGGGAUUCUUCACCGGCUACUUGUGGUUCAUUAUAUUCCUGUGUUAUGCACUGGCCUUUUGGUAUGGCUCCAGUUUAGUGGUUGACACACUGGAGUACAGCCCUGGAACACUGCUUCAGGUGUUUUUCGGGGUGCUCAUUGCGGCGCUGAACCUGGGGCAGGCCUCCCCCUGCCUGGAGGCCUUUGCUGCAGGUCGAGGAGCUGCAACCACCAUCUUUGAGACUAUUGAUCGUGAGCCAGAGAUUGACUGUCUGUCUGAGGCCGGGUACAAGCUGGACAGAGUGAAGGGAGAUCUGGAGUUUCACAACGUGACCUUCCACUACCCCUCCAGACCUGAAGUGAAGAUCCUGGAUCAGCUGAACCUGCAAGUGAAGACAGGGGAGACCACAGCGUUUGUUGGACCAAGCGGUGCAGGAAAAAGCACAGCCAUACAGCUCCUCCAGCGCUUCUAUGACCCCAAGGAGGGCAUGGUCACUCUGGAUGGUCAUGAUAUCCGUGGUCUGAAUAUUCAGUGGCUGCGCUCACUGAUGGGCAUCGUGGAGCAGGAGCCAGUCCUGUUCGCCACCACCAUCGCUGAGAACAUUCGAUACGGACGCCCUGGGGUGUCUCAUGAAGACAUUAUCAAAGCAGCCAAAGAAGCAAACGCCUACAACUUCAUCAUGGACUUACCGCAGAAAUUUGACACACUGGUGGGUGAGGGUGGUGGGCAGAUGAGUGGUGGUCAGAAACAGAGGAUCGCGAUUGCACGAGCGUUAGUACGGAAUCCGAGAAUCCUCCUGCUGGACAUGGCUACCUCAGCGCUGGACAAUGAGAGUGAAGCUAUUGUUCAGGAGGCUCUAGACAAGGUCAGAUUGGGUCGUACCACCAUCUCCAUUGCCCACCGUCUGUCGACGAUAAAGAAUGCUGAUGUUAUUGUGGGGUUUGAGCACGGACGAGCUGUGGAGAGAGGGAAACACGAUGAGCUGCUGGACAGAAAAGGCGUUUACUUCACCCUGGUGACCCUGCAGACCCAGGGGGACAAAGCCCUCAACCAGAAAGCCCAGCAGAUGGCAGAGGAGGCAAGUGCAGAAGCAGACACAGAGAAGAGCCUGUCUCGAGCUGGAAGUUAUCGGGCAAGCCUGAGGGCUUCCAUUCAUCGGAGAUCUCGGUCACAGUUGUCCAAUGUUAUUCCAGAGUCCUCAGUACCGAUAGCUGGAGAACUGGGUCCCAGGUCAUACUCUGAGUCCUAUGUUUCCAUAGAGGCCAAAACAAAGGGCAUGCUCCCUGAAGAAGAGGAGGAGGAAGUCGAACCGGCUCCUGUGGCUCGAAUUCUAAAAUACAAUGCCCCCGAAUGGCCUUACAUGUUUUUUGGAUCUAUUGGAGCAGCUGUGAACGGAGGGGUCAAUCCUGUGUACUCAUUACUGUUCAGCCAAAUCCUGGCGACUUUCUCCAUGUCUGACCCUAUUGCCCAGAGAAGAGAAAUCAAUGGAAUCUGCAUGUUCUUUGUCCUGGUUGGUGUGAUCUCCUUUUUCACACAGAUGCUACAGGGUUAUUCGUUUUCUAAGUCUGGGGAGUUGCUGACUCGUAGACUGAGGCGGCUAGGCUUCCAAGCAAUGUUGGGUCAGGAGGUUGGCUGGUUUGACGACCACAGGAACAGCCCUGGUGCCCUUACCACAAGACUGGCCACAGAUGCCUCCCAAGUCCAGGGAGCCACGGGCUCGCAGAUCGGCAUGAUUGUGAACUCUCUGACUAACAUUGGAGUGGCCAUCAUCAUCUCCUUCUACUUCAGCUGGAAGCUCAGUCUGGUCAUCAUGUGCUUCUUGCCUUUUCUCGCCCUUUCUGGAGGCUUUCAGGCUAAGAUGCUCACUGGCUUUGCAAAGCAGGACAAGCAAGCCAUGGAAGCAGCCGGGCAGAUAUCUGGUGAGGCUCUGAACAACAUCCGCACCAUCGCUGGUCUGGGAAAGGAGCGCAGGUUCGUAGAGAUGUAUGAAGCUCAGCUGGAGGCUCCGUACCGCGCUGCUCUGAAGAAGGCAAAUGUAUAUGGUGCCUGUUACGGGUUUGCCCAGUGCGUGGUCUUCAUGGCAAACUCAGCUUCCUAUCGGUUCGGUGGAUACUUGGUCCGUCACGAGGGUCUUCACUUCAGCUUGGUUUUCAGGGUAAUUUCUGCUAUUGUGACCAGUGGAACAGCUUUGGGCAGAGCUUCCUCAUACACGCCUGACUACGCCAAAGCAAAGAUCUCUGCAGCUCGCUUCUUCCAGCUGCUCGACCGCACUCCCAAAAUCAGCGUCUACAGUGACAAAGGAGACAAAUGGAAUCAUUUUAAAGGGGACAUCGAGUUUAUCGACUGUAAGUUCACCUACCCGAGCCGACCAGAUAUCCAGGUGUUAAACGGACUGACUGUGAGUGUAAAGCCGGGUCAGACUCUGGCCUUCGUGGGCAGCAGUGGGUGUGGCAAGAGCACAAGCGUCCAGCUGCUGGAGAGGUUUUAUGAUCCAGACUUCGGAAAAGUGCUGAUUGACGGGCGUGAAUCCUCCCGUAUCAACGUUCAGUUCCUUCGUUCUAAGAUUGGCAUCGUUUCUCAAGAGCCCAUUCUGUUCGACUGCAGCAUCCUAGAGAACAUCCGCUAUGGAGACAACAAGAGGGUGCUCAGCAUGGAUGAUGUCAUCUCUGCAUCCAAAAAGGCCCAACUCCAUGACUUUGUUAUGUCACUUCCUGAGAAGUAUGAAACUAAUGUGGGCUCGCAAGGUUCACAGCUCUCACGGGGUCAAAAGCAGCGCAUCGCUAUUGCUAGAGCAAUCAUACGAGACCCCAAAAUACUCCUUCUGGACGAGGCGACAUCAGCACUGGACACAGAGAGUGAAAAGACUGUACAAGAGGCACUGGAUAAAGCGAGGGAGGGCCGCACUUGUAUCGUCAUCGCCCAUCGCCUCUCCACCAUCCAGAACUCUGACAUCAUAGCGGUGAUGUCACGAGGUUAUGUGAUUGAGAAGGGCACCCAUGAUCAGCUCAUGGCCCUGAAGGGAGCCUAUUACAAGCUGGUCACAACUGGAGCACCAAUCAGCUAACCAAUCAGUAUCUUACAUAACCAGCCAGUGUUUAAUGAUACCUAAGUGGUGUAUGUUCUGUUGUAUCCAUAAGAAUUUGGACAGUGUUUAAAUUUUGCAAUUUUACUUUGGCCAAGUCUGAGCAGAAAAAUAGCUCUAUAUACUUCAGAGUUUAUUUUCUUUCUUCUAGAUGUACUGUAUAUAUUCUAUUUCUAGAUAGCCUUAUGUGCCAAUAAGACACUGCCGCCACCAUGUUUGACAGAUGAUGUGGAAUAAACUCCAGCCCUUAUGUUUUUAAUCUCCAAUGAAAUUAUAAGAGGAUAUGCUAAACUUGGCCAUAAAACUUCUCAUUAAUAAAAUGUCCAAUUACAUUUGAGCCUAUGGAAAUGCAAUAAAUGGCUGCCAUUCUUUAACACUUUAAGGAAUAUUUAUUUUAAAGAGCCACUAAACCAUAUUUUUUUCAAUAAUAGCAGAAAUGUAUACAUCCCAUACAUCACCCAGUUCCCCUCCGAAACUACCGCUCCCAUUUCUUAGCCUUUUUAAAAAUUUGAGCUGAGGGAGGAACCAGCAAAAAUCAGGGCAUUUAUUUACCCUUUAAACUGCUUGAAUUCUUGUCUGCACACUUAAGUCUUAACUUGUAGCAUAAGAUACUAAUCCAGAAGGAAACAUUAAGAAGUGAUUAAGUAAUUUCCAGGUAGAUUAUUAAGAUUAUUAAGAAUGUUUUAUAUUUCAUAUAAUUGUUGUUUUUUUAUGUUGUUAUUAUUGAUAACACAUUGUACAGUCUUUUGUCAUUGUUUCUUUCAGAAAUAUUAGCUUAAUGCAACAUGUUUAUCAGCAUGAUAGAAUUGAAAGAUAUUUUAUUUACACAACAUCAGUUGUAAGGUUUUUGAUUAAUUUGUGAAUAAAAUGUUGGAAAAAUGAA